GCCUAAAGUUCCAGACUCCCGUCGGUCUUGCUUUAGUUAAGGUAUUUGUACGCAUUAGGGGCCGUGGGCAGCCUGGUGUAGCUUCGGGCUAUGGCCGGGUUUAAGCUGAGUCCAGACCGAGCCUUCCCUGUCAAAUUUCAGCACAGUCAGCGUGCACCUUCUUCGCCGAUCGUGCCUGCUCAAACACCUGACCCAACGCUUCCUCCCUACAACCUCUAGGCAACAUUUACCGGCGCGCCCACCAAAAGCAUCAAAUCAUUGCCCAUCCGAUGACUCGCUAUUACUGACAGCGAGCUAGCACAAUGGCGAACCCGGUGGGGGAGGACAACUGGGUCGAAUAUGUCGACCAACAGCUGCGCGAGGCCAACGACCUCGAGGGCCGCGUGCGCGUCGUCGAAUCCUUCCAGCGCGCGACGCAAGCCGAGCCCGGCAGCCUCAAGGUGUGGAUGGCCUACUGCGAGUACUUUUGGUCGCUCUACACCGACUGCCAACCGGGCAGCGAUGCCGGCUGGCCGCCCGACGAGCAACAGAUCGGCCGCGAAACCUUCACCCUUGAUGCCGCCCUCAACCUGUGGCAGCAGGGAUACGAGGCCGUGCAGUACCGCUUGUCCGACAGCCACGAGCUUUGGAACCGCUGGGUUUCGCUCGAGAUGGAAUUGUUGAGGCGCACCGCGACCGAGGCCGGCAUCCGGAGAAUCACACACCUGUUCAAGAACCGCCUCGUCGUGCCGCAUGCCACCUGGGAUGCCACCUCACAGAUGUUCUCCAACUUCCUUUCCGAAUACAACCGCCAGGCAUACGAGAGCGAGAUGGCGCAGGUGACCAAGAAUGCAAGGGAUGCGAAGCGCCUGUACGACCUACGGGACCCCUGGGAGACCAAGCUCCAGCUCGCCGAGAAAGCCCGUGAUGCGGCCGCGCUGCGCGCUAUCAUGACCGACUACCUCAACUGGGAAAUCCGGCAGACUAAAGCCAAAAAAGACGCCGUAGCGAAUUUUCAGAUUUGCCUUGGGCUAUUCUCGCGCGCCCUCACGGGGAUCCUGGCUUCGGACGAGGACACAUGGCUCAACCUUGCGGUCCUGGUAUCUACCUCGCACACUGACCUCAAGAACGGCCGCUCCCAGAUCCCCUCGAGCUUGGUCCCUAACAUGCUUGAUGUCCUGCAGCGCGCUGUGCGCCACGUCCCGUGGUCGGGCCCCAUCUGGGCGCGUUACAUCCUGACCGCCGAGGAGGUUGGGUUGCCCUUCACCGACAUUGAGCGGAUCAAGCACGCUGCUACCAAUAGCGCACAGCUGGAUCGAAACGGCAUGGCCGGCGUUCUCGACAUGUACGCCGCCUGGUGCGGCUAUCUCAAGCGAACGGCUAUGAACCCCAACGCCAGCGAAGAAGCCGUCGACGUAGCCGAGGUGGGACUCCCGUCGGCUUUAGAGGAUGUCAAGCACUGGGGUAAACGCAAGUACGGCGAGGCGUAUCAGGGCGACCCGGAUUUCAGGUUGGAGAAGAUCUUUAUCCAGUUUCUGACCGAAAAGAAGGACGAUAUCGAGGGGGCGCGCGCAGUGUGGGAUGAACUAUCCCGGAUUGAGCUGCACGCAAACAGCUACGACUUCUGGCUCAACUGGUAUUUGUGGGAGAUGGUUGUCUUCGCCACAGCGAGGAGCAAGACGCGAAGCCCAACACCAGCGACCGUAGCCCAAGGACUGCGCGUGCCCACAUUCGCGACUCGUGUGUUUACACGGGCGCUCAAGGUGCGCACGCUGGAUUGGCCCGAGCGCAUCAUGGAGGUCUAUCUCAACCACUGCAACGAUUACGAACUCGCAGAGACGCUACGCGAGGCGCAGGACACAAUUUACAAGACCCGCAAGGGCGUAGCCAAGCGGCGCGAGCGCGAGGCGGCGCAGGCUGCUGAGCAGGCUGCCCAGUUCGCGGCCAACCACCAGGUCGCACAAGAGGUCCAGCCGAUGGAUCACGUCAUGGCAGAUGCCGCCGAUGCCGCUGAUGCCGCCUCCCCAGGGUCCAAGCGAAAGCGUGAGGCGACGCCGGGCGAGGACGAAAGCGGCAACAAGCGGCCUAAAAGUGAGACGAGCAGGGAAGAACUCAAGCGAGACCGAGAGAAUACCUCAGUAUUUGUCACGAACUUGCCUACCGAUGCAACGCAGACAAAACUGAAGAAGUUUUUCCGUGAAUAUGGGCACAUUAACAACAUCGACAUCCAGAAACAGGACGAUGCUGCGGUGGCCCUGGUAGAAUUCCGGUCUCCCGACGACGCCAGGUCGGCCUUGCUGCGCGAUGGCAAGUAUUUUGACGACCGCGUCGUCCAGGUAACGGCCGCAACGGACUGCACGCUCUAUGUCACCAAUUACCCGCCGGAGGCCGAUGAGCGGUACCUCCGCAACCUCUUUAAAGAUUGUGGCGAGAUUUUCAGCAUCCGUUUCCCCAGCCUCAAAUACAGCACCAAGCGCCGCUUCUGCUACAUGACCUUCCGUGAGCGCGCCUCGGCCGCCGCCGCUACAAAGCUCGAUGGCAAACCGCUCGACGGCGGCAAGUACAAGCUCCUCGCCAAGUACUCCGACCCAUUGGCCAAGCAAAACCGGCAAGGCGCCCAGGCUGAGGAGCGCGAGCUGCACGUCAUCAACCUCCCUCGCAACGCGUCCGAGGAGGACGUCCACGGCCUCUUCGUAAAGGCCGGGAAUGUGGUGAGCGUGCGUGUGCCGCGCAACAUGGCCGGGCAGAGUCACGGCACGGCGUUUGUGGUCAUGGAGACAAGGGAGCAGGCUCAGGCGGCCAUUCGCACGCUGGACAAGCUGAUUUUUGGGAACCAUCCUAUCAAGGUCGAGGUAUCCCGCCCGCCGACUGCCAAGACCACCGCCACCAGCCGGACUAUGGAUGGCACCAAAAGUGGGGCUACAGGAUCCGAGGCAGGCUCGCCGUCUCCGGGACCGUCCACCUCCGCUGCUGCGCCAACCCCGGCCGAGAUCGCUGCCCGAACCAUCGCCGUUUUGGGCAUCCCCGACACUAUGAAUGACGCGCGGGUGCGGAGCGUACUGGCGCCGCUGGCUGGCGGGCAGGAAAAGAUUGUCAAGUUGGUGCUGCACCCGAAACACGGCGGGGCGGUGGUUGAGUUUGCAGAUGCCACCACGGCUGGCAAGACGGCGUUGGCGGUUGAGGGGUAUGAGCUGGACGGCGGGGUGAAACUGAGGACUGGGACGGUGACAGAGCUGUUCAAGAGUAAAGCCGAGAAGAAGGCUGACAGCGCUGGUUCGACUGGUGCGGGGAAGAAACCGGCUACUGCGGCGGAGCUGAUGCCGCCCCCGCCAACGGUACGCAGGCCAUUGAUGGGAGCGGUGGGCAGAGGAGGGAAAAGAGGAUUGGGCUUCCUACCGAAAAAGGAUGGUAGUAUGAAUGGCACUGAGUCGAACACGGCUGGGUCUCUAACUGGAACUGGGGUUGGAAGCAAAAGCAAUGCGGAUUUCAAGAGGAUGUUUUUGGGAGGCAAGGACGGCGGAGAACAACAGCAGCAGCAGCAGCAGCCGCCACAGACCACGGAUGGUAAUGGCAACAGGGAGUGACUGGCGGCCGGCUAGGACGAGAAGGGGCAUGAGUGCAUUGUUGGGCUGUGCUGUAUGAUACCACGGAUGGUGUGCACUGGGAUUGCUACUUGGCCAUGAAUACCCCUUAGCAUUGUUUGUUUGGUAGUCAGGGGCUUGCCAUGUCUGAAUCAAGCGGUUUAUCUCUACCGUAUGCCUCAUCAUCAGGCUGUGAGAUGUUGUGAUGGAGGUUUCAACGACUCCCGCAGCAUAUGUCUACCACAU